AUGGCGGCGCUGCUGCGGCGGGCGGCGGCGGCGGCGCUGCGGGCGGGCCGGGCCCGCGGCAUCGUCACCCGCUCGGACGCGCCGCGGCCGCGCGGGCCGCUGCCGCGCACGCCCUGGACGACGCGCGGGCCGCCGCCCGAGGCGCCGGGGCGCGCGGCGGAGCGGCGGCCCGUGCGGGAGCAGGUGGAGCUGGACGCGGUCACGUACGCGGGCCGGCAGCACCGCGUGCCCGGGCUGGCGGCGCCGCGCUUCCCGCCCUGGGAGCGCGGCUGGCGGCACCCGUGGCGCUCGCCGGGGCCGCGCCUCGAGCACAUGCCGCUGCGCCGCCAGCGGCCCUGCCGCCUCUGCCACCAGCGCGUCCGGCUGCUCGAGGGCGUGCGGCAGGCGCUGUGGCUCACCAAGGCGCGCCUGGUGCGCGGGCUGCCGCCGCGCGUGCUGAGCGUCGCCGGGCAGCCCGGCAGCGAGCUGGAGGGCCGGGCCGAGCGGGCCGUGUGGCGCGCCCGCCUCUGGGGCACGGCGGCCGCCGCGCCCGGCAGGGAGAGCUACUGCCCUGUGCUCUUUGAAGACUUGCUACAUUUAUGUCGAUCAAUGACUAUGAAGUAUCCUUCUCUGGCUAAAAGAAUGCUGUCUAGAAACUACAGGAUAGCAGCUACAUGGGAAAGAGAAUCAUUUCUCCUUCAGAUCCGCGGGCUGAACGGAAUACUUCUCAACUCUGAGGCCCCAAUACCACCAGUAGCCUCCAAGGAGGAGGUAGCAGCCACCGAAGAACACGCUCUAGAGACCUUCUAUCCCAUCUCUCCUACAAUUGAUCUUCAAGAAGUGAAUGUGUACAGAGAGCUAGAUGACACAGGUUUUAGAGCUGGUUAUCCAUACCCUCAUCCUCACACCCUGUACUUCCUGGAAUCGGCCAACACUCGUCCUAAGAGAUUCAGACCAGAACAGCUUCGGGCUAAAAUGAUGAUGUUUGCUUUUGGCAACGCACUGGCAAAGGCUAAGAUGCUGUACGGGAAUGAGCCCAAGGUUUUGGACCAGCCAAUAGUGGUGCAAAGUGUUGGCACAGAUGGCCAGCUUUUCCAGUUCAUGGUGUUCCAGUUAAAUACAACAGACUUGGUCUCUAGUGAUGGCAUUAAAAACCUCGUCUGGAUUGACUCUGAUCAGCAGCUGUAUGAGAAAGCCCAGUGUAUUCCAGAGAUCAAGAAGAAAGUUGUUACGAAGCCCGCUGGAAUAUAUGGCUUUCAGCCAGACACAUUCAAGAAGUUUCUGGCACUGUAUUUGCAUGGAACUGUGUGAAAUUCCACUCAAAUGAAAAUCCUCCAACUGUACCUGCUGCUUCUCUUUGCCAGAACAUCACAUAAGUAAAGAAAGGUGGAUUAGUUUACUUUCUAAAAUAAAUUAUAUUGUUACUUGAAGUAAA